CGGCGGCUCGGCGAUGCGCGAUGCGCCAGUGGUGGACUGUGCGGGCCAGCAAGUGUGACAGGAGUCCAUUUUGGCCGCGCGAGGAUCGGUUUUCUUUCGGAUUUCCCGGACGUUCCGCCCACCCGUGCAAGUGUCAGUGUUCCCACGGGCAGCCCUGCGUCGUGCUGCGACGCGGCAUCGCUUCCAGAAGGGCGUCGGAGGGCGGCACACUGUUGUAACGGCAACGCCAGCCCGCUCGGUCGCUCCGCUCCGCCGUAGGCUGCACUUCAAGGCCUAUGCGAUGACGCACCCCGAGUCCGGGGCUCUGUCCUGGACGUCAAGCAUUCUUCGGCCAGGCGCCUGCUUCUUUGUGCUGGUCGCCCUGCAGACCCUCGUCUCCCUGCAGCCAAACGUCUUGGCUGCGGAGCCCACCUGUGUGUGGUAUGGGAAUUGUAACGGCGAUGUCGAGAAACCGCAGUACUGUCCUUACAAUGGGACAGCUAAAGAACUUCCUCAGGAAGGAAUCAAAAUCUUACAACAGUGGUGUCCGAACUUCCUGAAGGACCUUGGUUCUUCUCCGCAAACUUGCUGUGAUGUUUUUCAACUUCAAACUUUGGACAAAAGCAUUAGAUUAGGUCAUCAAUUUCUAAAGCACUGCCCAUCAUGCAUGAACAACUUUGCUGAGCAUUUCUGCUCCUUUACCUGUAGAGCAGACCAGUCCAAUUUCAUGGAAGCCGUAGAUUUCAAGGAAAAUAAAGUUGGCAAUAAAACCCUCAUAUCUAUUUCGGGAAUAAACCUCCAUGUGACUGCAAAGUCCCUCCAGGGUAUUUAUGACUCUUGCUCCGGUGUGUUUGUUCCGUCAACGGGUCAGCGUGCCCUUGAUCUCAUGUGUGGGUCAUGGGGCUCUGCCUUGUGUUCUCCUCUCAGGUGGUUUACUUUCAUGGGGGAUGCAAGGAACAAUCCCUAUGUCCCGUUCCAAAUGACGUACAAACUAGACAAAUUGGCAGGCUCAAUGACCCCACUGGACACUCGUAUAGUUCCUUGCAAUGUUGGACUUGAUGGCAACGUGCCGUGCAGUUGUGUGGACUGUGCAGCCAGCUGUCCCGCUCCUCUUCCACCUGCACCUCCAUCCGAUGGAUUCAAAAUUGGUGGAAUGGACGGCACUGUAGUUGUCAUGUUGCUUGUUUUCAUUUUCGGUAGCGCACUAUUUGUGGGACUGGUUACCAUGUGCCCUAACCUGUGUGCGUACACUGCUUCUUUGGUGACGAAUAAUGGUGGCGAUAGUGGUAGACUGUCAAUGGGUCAGUCUGUGGGAAGGCGUUUCGCAGGAAUGAAUCAAAUGCAGCAGCCUGUGUUUGGUGAUGAUGAAGAGAGUCCUUUGCAGUCUAAACGUUCCAGUGUUGCAAGUGAUAUCGAUGGAAUUGACGGAGGUGAUAAGACUGGCUCUGAAGCUUCUUGUUAUGAGAAGUUUGGAGCUGUAAUCGAUGAGAAACUCGAAGCUUUCUUCACCAAGUGGGGCACAGUGUGUGCCGGCAACCCCUGGACGACAAUGGCGAUUGGUUUGGUGACAAUUGUUGUCUUAUGUUAUGGUGUAACUUUCUUGAAAAUUACCACCGAUCCUGUUGAUCUCUGGGCAUCUCCUGAAAGUCGAUCCAGGCUAGAGCGUGAAUAUUAUGAUAAAAAUUUUGAACCAUUUUAUCGCACUGAACACAUUAUCAUUAGAGCAACGGGCCUUGAACCAGUUUAUCACAACACUUCUCAAGGAGUUCUGGAGUUUGGUCCUGUCUUUAACCAAGAAUUCCUGAUGGAACUUCUGAAGCUUCAAAAUCAAAUUGUGAAGCUCGGGCAGAAUGAAAGCAAAGGUCUGGACAAAGUUUGCUUUGCUCCUCUCCAUACAUCUUACUCUGGCCCGAAGAAGGUCAGCAGCUGUUUCGUUGUUAGUAUAUGGGGCUAUUAUCAAGAUGAUGUGGAUACAUUUGAGACUGAAGAUACAGACCCAAAUAACUUCACUACAAAUUAUCUGGAUCAUUUCAAGCGCUGCUCCCAAAAUCCUUACAACUUGGAGUGCUUUGCCCAGUAUGGCGGCCCAGUGGACCCCGCUAUUGCUUUGGGUGGCUUUUUGAAGGGCAAUGAGGCCAUCACAGAUCCCAAGCAGUAUCAAAAUGCAACUGCAGCUAUCAUAACUAUUCUCCUGAGCAAUCACCACAACAAGACUCUUCUGGCUCCAGCAUUGGAAUGGGAAACUAGAUUUAUUUCAUUCAUGAAAAAAUGGGUGAAUGAGUCCAAGCCCGAGUUUAUGGAUGUGUCUUUCAAUGCAGAGCGAUCCAUCGAAGAUGAGCUGGACAAAGAAUCAACUUCUGAUGUUCGGACCAUCAUUGUCAGUUAUUUGAUCAUGUUUGGUUACAUUGCUGUCUCCCUGGGUCAGAUUUCCACAUGUGAUCGACUAUUAAUUGACAGCAAAAUCACACUUGGUCUUGGCGGCGUACUGAUUGUAGUUGUCUCUGUGGUUUGCUCUGUGGGGUUGUUUGGUUACAUUGGUGUUGCUGCCACUCUGAUUAUUGUUGAGGUGAUUCCAUUCCUUGUGUUGGCUGUUGGUGUUGACAAUAUUUUCAUCUUGGUUCAAACUCAUCAAAGAACCCCCCGUAAUCCUGGGGAAAGUUCUGCCGAACAUAUUGGACGUGUACUUGGCCAAGUGGGCCCCUCUAUGCUGCUCACCAGCAUCUCUGAGACUUUCUGCUUCUUGCUUGGUGGUUUGUCGGACAUGCCCGCCGUGAAAGCAUUCGCCCUCUACGCUGGAAUGGCGCUCUUCAUUGACUUCUUGUUCCAAAUUACUUGCUUUGUCAGUCUUCUGUCCCUGGAUACGGCGAGGCAGUCUGAAAACCGAUAUGAUAUUUGCUGCUUUGUCAGAGGAUCUAAGAAAGAUGUUGUGCCCAACAAUGGAGCGCUCUACAAGUUGUUUGAAGCAGCGUAUGUGCCUAUGCUAUUAAAUAAGUGGAUGCGGCCUGCUGUCAUGGUUAUCUUCUUUGGCUGGCUGUGUUCGAGUCUUGCUGUGAUUCCUCACAUUGAUGUUGGUCUGGAUCAAGAACAGUCUGUUCCUGCUGAUUCACCUGUGCAGAAGUACUUCUCGUACUUGAAGAACUACUUGUCUGUUGGGCCACCUGUAUACUUCGUGGUUACUGAAGGACUUGACUAUUCCGAUGUUGACACCCAAAAUAUGAUAUGUUCAGGACUUUACUGCAACCCUGAUUCCCUUUUGUUGCAACUGUACAGUGCUUCUCGGACCCCCAGCAGAACUUACAUUGCAAAGCCCUCAGCUUCUUGGAUUGAUGACUACAUGAGUUGGCUUGACAUAAAGGAUUGUUGCUACGAAUCGAAGGCUAAUGGUUCCUUCUGCCCCCAUUCCAAACCGGCACGCUGCAAGCCUUGCGCCACAGAGCUUGACGCGAAAACUCGGCGGCCGAGCAAGGCAACCUUUGAGAAGUACGUGUCUUUCUUCCUGAAUGAUAAUCCAGAUGACACGUGUGCUAUCGCAGGACAUGGCGCCUAUGGCCAGGCUGUGAAGGUUCUGCCUGGAGUCAACAACACUGGCAAAGUUGGCCCUACCUCAUUCAUGUCAUACCAUUCUAUUCUGAGGUCAUCCAAAGACUACUACUCGGCCAUUGAAGCUGCUCGGGAAGUUGCUGCCAACAUUACCACUAUGAUCAAUGGACGGCUUAAAGCCAGUGGUUCCAACAAAUCUGUUGAAGUAUUCCCUUACAGUGUGUUCUACGUGUUCUAUGAGCAGUAUCUGACCAUGUGGGAAGAUACCCUCGGUAGUCUGGGACUCUCUGUAGCUGCCAUCUUUGUUGUUACUUUCCUGCUGAUGGGGCUUGACGUGUGCUCUGCUCUGGUUGUUAUCAUUACCAUUGUCAUGAUUGUCACCAAUCUGUUGGGUUUGAUGUAUUGGUGGAACAUAUCCCUGAAUGCAGUUUCGAGGGUAAACCUUGUUAUGGCCGUUGGUAUCUCAGUCGAAUUUUGCAGCCAUCUAGUGCACACAUUUGCUGUGUCUGUAGAAUCGUCAAGAGUAAAGAGGUCCGCUGAUGCCCUCACAAAGAUGGGCAGCUCUAUUUUCUCUGGCAUCACACUGACCAAGUUUGGAGGAAUUAUUGUCCUGGGUUUUGCUAAGUCCCCAAUCUUCCAAGUUUACUACUUCAGAAUGUACUUGGGUAUUGUCUUAUAUGGAGCUGCCCAUGGUCUUAUCUUCCUACCUGUCCUGCUCAGUUACAUUGGGGCCCCCAUGAACAGAGCUAAACAGGAAGUUCACAGAAAGCAAGUAUUACAGAUGCAGCAACAGGGAAGGAGUUCAACGAGAAAUGCAGCAUCUCUGGACAGUGAUUGAUAUUCAGACAGAGGGGUUCCCAUCGCCAAGUUGUGAUUGACCCCUCUAGGAGCCAGCCUCGCAAUUAUGGCAGUGUCAAUGUCGACUAGCCUAAAUCUUCUAACACCUCGAUCAUUUUACUAUGACGAUGGUGCGAGUAAAACGUGUUCAUACCUGAAUUAUGUAACCAGCCCAGCCAGGCUGGUGAGGGAUGCUGAAUGCUUCCUCAUGCACAGCACGCCUGCUGUCCUUCUUUACCCUGUGCAUUUAUAGUUGCAGUUUUAUCUGAACCUGAAACCGUCCAAAACACUUUGAAUAGACUAAGUCUGAAUGUGUGAGUAAAUGUUUGCGCAGCUUCAGGGCUGUUGUGUGUUCCAAAUGUGCUUGUUGGCAGGGUCCACUUGCAAUCAGAUGUAGUGACAUGAAUUUUAUAUUUUGUUAAUUGAUGCGACUAGAUAUACCAUUCAAUGAAGUUGUAAAAUUACUUCCAUAUGAUUUUGUGGUCCAUAAGCAGUGGGAAAGAACUAAGUACCCUGCAUAGAAUAUAAGGUGUAUUUUGAAUUAGUGAAAAAGUUAUGUAUAUACUGUACUUGACACAUCGAAUUUUCUAGAGGAUCUAUUGUUUGUUAGGGUUGUCAUAUUUGUAUUUGAAGUUUGUGAUGCAAGGUCAUCGUUUUUAGCUAGUACUAAUGCUCCAACAUUGAUUGUUGCAAGUCACUAGGACUAGAUUGUGUGUUCUGCUAGAUGUUUGUGUGAAUGAUUAAUUUAUCAACUGAUGUGUCUUCUUGCUCUGUGAUGAUGUUUCAUUUAAGAAGUUGCUAAACCGCCUAAUGUGGUAUUCUCCAAUAAUUUUUUAGUUAUUUAGGUUGUUUUUUUAUGUUGAUAGUGGCAAGUCUAUUCCUAUGUCAUGAUUAACUCUUUAUUUUUUUUUUAUGUCUGUGGUCUUGUUAAUCCAUUGACAUUUUUCAUGUCCGAUAUCAUCUUCUGUAUAUCCUUCAUCUGUGUUCAAGCCUGUGAAAGUUUAGCCUUCAAGUUAAAACCUUAGAGAACACUUUCUUUUCAUGACUUCUUUUUAUAAAUUGUUUGAGUAAGUACCCUACAACAACUGAACCAUUUUCAAAUGUCAUUAAUUCAGCUUGGCACAAUGUAUGGUGCCAAGUUUUCUCUGACUGGGCCCCAUACAUUGUUACGUAUUUAUUUGGAGAACAAGUUAUGAGUUCCAUCUAAAGUAUUGUCUGAAAUGUCAAGAGUUGUCAAUACCUCUGCAUAAGCUCAAGUCAAGCGUCAUGCAGUGCUUUUCAAAUAAACUUGUGUUCAUAUUGCUACUAUAAAGUUCUCUCUUCAUUUUGAAUGUAUGACAUGUAUCAAAACACUGAAUCUCCUGAAUGUCUUUAUUUUUCCACUUGUGGCAGCUGAUUAUCAGUGUUAAUAAAUUUAUCAGUAGGGCUUGCUUGUGUUCAGUGGCAUAUAUUAUUUUAAAAGAUCAUGUUUUUAAAAAUGUCUUUAAAAGGAGAUCGCUCUCAAAAUUUAUUUUUAGCUCAUGUUUGCGCUCUGUACUUAGUAUUGAAGGAGGCAUCCUUGAUCUGAUUGUAGGUACUGUGUGUAUUUAAGUCUUAUUGAUGCAUCAAAGCCUUUUUUAUAUGUUGUUCAGUCAAAGCUGGUUACAGCAUCUAAUGUGAAAUCUCCCUUUACAACAAAACCAAGUGAAGUGACCAUAUAAACCUAGGCAUUGUCUAUCAUCUGCAUAACUUGCUUCUAAGCAACUUAUUUUUUUAAUCCUGAGCCGAAUGCUGUAGCUAUCUUUGACUGUAAUUUUAAACAGUUACUGGUUGCAAUUUGCUUUUAAAAAAAAAAAACCUUGCCUCUCUGGUCAAGAAUUUUAUAUCAGUGUGUCUGGCUUGUCUGGCUUGAAUUCAUUGUAACUGCUCAUGUCUUUUGGUGAAAAGCAUGCUCUUAACUAAAUGUUCAAGAAUCAAGACUUUCCUAAGGCUGCCGAUUCUUACUCUAGCUUUUAAUGUGUCCUGUAGGAUUUGUAGUCCAAUAUUUGCGUCUGUGAAACGGCAAGCUUGUUGUGAAACCCUUAUCCGAGAGGCGCACACAAAGAUUCUUGUUCAAGAAUGAUUGUUUUGCUUCUCCUGCUCAGAUGGUUUCUUGACAGUUGUGCUGAAGAACUGUAAGCUGAUAAUUUAUGAAUAAAUUAUGGUAUGAUGUGAAUGUAACA